GGUAAAAUGGAAAACACAAACAAUGAUAAUUCUCUACUGAAACACCCAAUUAAACCACUGUUUGCUGCUGGUAGCAGUGGUGGUUUGUUCCCAUCUGCUACGGCUCUAUAUCCAGAAUCACAAGAUUCAUGCAUAUCACAUACUGACAAAGUUGGUUUGGAAUCCCUUAGACUUGAACUUGCACCUUCAACAUUGAGUGCUAUAAUUGCUGCACAGAAAUCACUUGAUGAAAUAGGAAAAGAUAAAGAAAGUACUGAAUUAAAGCAAAAAGAUUUACAAGGUUCAAGCAAAAGGAAAUCUCCUACACAUGAAGACAGAUCUUCAGAAGAUGGAUCAUCUCCAGAGCCUACUAAAAGAUCCAAAGACAGUAAAAAAGUUAAAAAGAAAAAGAAAAAGCAGAAAAAAAGAAAACAUCACUCCCCCGGUCCAAGUCCAACCCCUGAACAAAAGGUACAUCCCCCUCAAGUGAAGAUCCCAACUGGAGCAAUUUUCCUAGAGGAUAUUCCUGAUCUUAAACCAGAGCACGCAUUUCGUACAGACAGAAGACAAAAUAAGGAUCUCUGGAACUACGGGUCAGUCUCUAAAAGUCACAUUUCCAAAUACAAGACACACAGCUACAACUGUCUUGGUGCUGCUCAUCUUAAGAUUAGAGAGCCUAAAAAAGAUACAAAUAAGCAAACCAAAUGGAGGUAUUUUAAUAAAAAAGUUUUUCAAAAGACCAGAGCACCAGGGAUUAGCACUACAGGAAGUACAAAAACUGGUCCAAUACGUGUACAAGAUUUUAUAGCGUUACCUAAAGCUGAUACAGACUUUUGGAAGACAACUUUAGGCAGUUACAGCUGUUUAGAUCAAGGCACAGCUCAGUACGUAAAGGGCAAAGAUUCAGAUUACAGCAAGCUAAACCUGGAGGUUGAAGACUUUGAGCUGGAUGAAAUAUUCCAGAAAGUUCGCAUCUUUAACCAAAAGACAAGAGAAACACCUCAGAAUGUUCAGCUGUGGCUGGAGUUUGUUCAGUUUCAAGAUGUGGUCGCGCAGGAAGAUAAAAGUUUUAAAGGUCAGACGAUUCGUCUGCGGGAUGUUUAUAUACCAUCAAAAUCUGUCAUUGAGAAAAAGUUGUCUAUUCUGGAUAAGGCACUUGAGGCAAACCCAUCAUCUGUUGAAUUGAAACUGGCCAAGCUGGAGUUAUGCCAAGAUGUUUGGGAAGCUGAAAAGCUAGAAAAAUCCUGGCAAGAUCUUUUGUUUGCCUACUCUUCUGAUGUUGACCUUUGGCAGCAAUACCUCUCCAAUCAGCAGUCGCAGCUCUUCAGGUUUUCCUUCAGUAAAAUGGUCAAAUCCUACCACAGGUGUUUCCACACCCUGGUACCCAUACACGAUGGGCAAGUUAAAGUUGUUCACAAGAAGGAUGGUUUAGAGGAGAAAUUGAUCAGGUUGUUCUCUCAGUACUGUGACUUCCUGCACAGUGUGGGCCACACAGAGCGGGCUGUCAGCAGCUACCAAGCUCUCAUUGAGUUCAACCUGUUUUGUCCAGCUUCUCUCAAUCUCAGCCUAUCAAGGGAGAGAGUCACGGCUUUUGAGGAAUUCUGGGAAAGCGGGGUGCCACGGUUUGGGGAACCCAAUGCUAGAGGCUGGAAUAAAUGGGUUGAGAAACCUCAAACAGAAACUUCAACUUUUAUUCCAUCUUCAGAAAACACUGAUCAAUUAGAGGAUGCCAUUGUUUUGGAAAAGCUUACUAGAUCUCAGUCAUGGCUUAAGAUGGAAGAGGUUCGUCAGAACUUCCAUUGGUUGCCAUGGAGACCGGACACAGAGAAAGGGGAAACAGAUGAGAACUGUGAAGACUUGGAUAGGAUUGUGUUGUUUGAGGACAUUGGACCUGCUAUGUUUCGGUUCACAAAGUCUGAAUCCUGUGUUAGAAUAGUUGGUCUCUUCCUCAAGUUUCUGGGUUUGUCCUCUGAUGUGUUGGAUAAAAAACUGGCUCUACUUAGUGGCCUGGAUUAUAGCUCAAAGUUUGAGCAGUAUGUGCGGACAAUGUUGUUUCAGUAUCCAACUUUAUCAGAUUUUAAUGUGGAGUUAAACUGCAACCCAACAUGGAAGCCAAAGGAAUACCUGGUGAGAUUUAUUCGGGACACCAUCGAACAAGCUGAGUCCUAUUUUAUUUCAACCAAUCGGGUUCUCUUCACGCUGCUGCGAAUGGAGCUUGAGGUUUUAAAAACCGGAGCCAAAAGAGUUUCAGAGGUGCCACAACCACAGAUAAAAGAGAUUAAAAAGUUUGGUAAAAAUCUGCUGAAAGAAAGCCAUAACAGAAAUAAUCUUGUGGUGUGGGACGCGUAUAUUAGGAUUCUGUGGGCGUGUUCUGACAAAAUGGCUGAAACUGUCAACAUGAUAAAUGUUGCCUUGAAUAUGUUCAUGGGAAGUUCCGCUCCAUCUGACCCGGAAAAAUCUUUAGGGCUGUGUUUGUUGUGCAGGACUUUCUCUCAGAUAAUGUUGAACUUUGAACCCCUGGAACACAUCAGCCCGGUGGGUAGACGCUGCCCACCCACGCAAGAUGACAAGAACCAGGUCAUUGGGUGCCUCGGGGCACUCGUUGAGAAUAAAUCAUUCAAAAGCAGCGCCAAGCUCAACGUAACUCCAGCAUAUGUGCUGAAAAUUAGAAAAUGUUUUGAAAAAACUUUAAGCGAGCAGUUGGAGAAGUUGAGUCGCCAAGCAGACGACACACACUGUGAGCUACUGACGGCUUUAGUUGAAUGUUUUGCUAUGUUUGAGUUCAGUGCCUCCAACUUUAAAGCUGCCAACUGUGUCUACUCACAUGCUGUUUCUCAACUAGAAGCACUCUGUGAUACAAAUCCAACAGCCUUUAAACUUUUAGCAGUUAAAAAACACAUCUACCUUAACCAAAUGUCUUUCCUGUUCAAUGCCAAACACAUCCUUGUCAUUCCCCUAACAGAGUUGAGACAGUUAAUUGAUAAAGCUCUUAGUGAGUUCCAGAACUGUCCUCAGUUCCACGCUGCCUUUAUCAGAAUAGAAUCUGGUGCCAACAUUGCCGGCAGACUUAGAAAGUUUUACGACCGCAGUCUAAAAAUGUGCACUAGUGUUGUGGUGCCAUUGCAUGCUGUGUUCUCAGAGCUAGUCAGGCACAAAUCUAUUAUGAAAGCACUGGAUCUUGCAGACUUUCUACAAACAGAUUACACUAUACUACAAGACAGUGGCAGUGUCAACCGUAUCAGGGCAUUAUUUGAGCACUGUGUCAAGUUGCAGGCUAGUCGUCACUGUCCACUCGUAUGGAGGCUGUAUCUGAUGUUUGAGGUGAAAUAUGGCAAUAUGGGGCGAGCCAAAGGGAUCUUCUACAGAGCUUUGCAGCAUUGUCCUUGGGCCAAGUGCAUCUAUACUGAUGGCAUCUCCAUAUUUGGAGAUGCUGAACUACAGGAAGUCCAGGAUCUGAUGACUGAGAAGGAGGUCAGGGUCAGGAUUCCUAUAGAGGAGGUCGACCUGCUGUUAACUGCUGAGAAAGAGGAGUCAGACCAAGAGAUGGAUGGUGGUCAAGAGGACAAAGAUCUUGAGUGUGAAGAUGGGAACUAUCAAGAACAUGACAUGGGUCUUAAGUCUGAAGUUCCUGAAAAUGACCAGGAACACUUAGAUCAAAAGUCUGAAGACAAUGAGGACUAUGAAGAAGACACAAACAUAAAACCUGAAGAUAUUGACUCUGAGAACUAUCAGCAACACUUAGAUCAAAAGUCUGAAGACAAUGAGGACUAUGAAGAAGACACAGACAUAAAACCUGAAGAUAUUGAGAACUAUCAGGAACACUUAAAGUAUGCUGGCAGUGAAAAUUCUGAAGACAAUGAGAAUUACCAGGAACAACUCCAGGACCCAUAAUGUUAAUAUAGAAUAAACUUCACUUUGUAAUUUUAUGUAAUGAACAUACAAAAAUUUGUAUGAUACAAUAUAAAUAUCUGAUUUGUGAUUUUAUAAAAUAAAACUUAUUCAAUGAAUUAUUUUGUUGACUACUUAAAA